GUGGACAACAUGGACAUAAGAUCAGUGUGAAGAGGACAUGUGAACGUGUGACUGAAGGAAGUGAUCAAACAGGAAGUGGAACCCUCCUCAGCAUGAUCUACACGGUCCUCUGCAUCACAGAGGAACUGAGUGAAGAUGUUAAUACCCAACAUGAGGUGAGGCAGCUGGAGACAGCUUCCAAGAAGAAGAUCCUCCAUGACUCUCCAAUCCAGUGCAGCGACAUAUUUAAAGCCUCACCUGGCCAACAGAAACCCAUCAGAGUCGUUAUGAUGAUCGGCGUCGCCGGCGUUGGAAAAACCUUCUCGGUGCAGAAGUUCUGUCUGGACUGGGCCGAGGGGUUGGAGAACCAAGAUAUCAGUCUGGUGAUUCCUCUUUCCUUCAGGGAACUGAACCUGAUCAAAGAUGAGCAGUCCAGUCUUCUGGAGCUGCUCCGUGUUUUCCAUCCAACAUUACAGGAGGUCCUAGCAGACCAGCUCGCUGCCUCCAGACUUCUCUUCAUCUUUGACGGCCUGGAUGAAAGCAGACUUUCACUGGAUUUCAACACCGAUGAGGCUGUUCCUGAUGUCACACAGAAGUCAUCAGUCAACCAGCUGUUGACAAACCUCAUCCAGGGGAAGCUGCUUCCCUCGGCUCUCGUCUGGAUAACGUCCCGACCUGCAGCAGCCAAUCAGAUCCCUCCUGGGUGUGUUGACAGGGUAACAGAAGUACGAGGCUUCGCUGACGCCCAGAAGGAGGAGUACUUCAGGAAGAGAGUCAGUGAUGAAGAGCGGUCCAGCAGAAUCAUCUCCCACAUUAAGACCUCCAGGAGCCUCCACAUCAUGUGUCUGAUCCCAGUCUUCUGCUGGAUCACUGCUACAGUCCUGGACCACAUGUUGACUACAGACCAGAGAGGAGAGCUGCCCAAGACCCUGACUGACAUGUACUCCCACUUCCUGCUGGUUCAGACAAAGAGGAAGAAGCUCAAGUAUGCUGAGGGACAUGAGACAAGUCCACAGAAGCUGAUGGAGGCUGAUGGGGAAGUUCUUCUGAAGCUGGGGAGGUUGGCGUUUGAACAGCUGGAGAAAGGAAACCUCAUGUUCUACCAAGAAGACCUGGAGCGCUGUGGUCUGGAUGUCAGAGAGGCCUCGCUGUACUCAGGAGUCUGUUCACAGAUCUUCAAAAGAGAGAGUGUUGUCUUCCAGAAAUCAGUCUACUGCUUCGUUCAUCUGAGCGUUCAGGAGUUUCUGGCUGCAGUCUAUCUUUUCCACUGUUACACCAACAGGAACACACAGGUACUCAAGGACUUCCUGGGACCAGACUGGGACUGGCACUAUAAAAACAUUGACCCAUCCCUGAAGGAGUUUCAGGAAAAAGGCUACAUUGAUUCAUCCCUGGAUGUCUUCCUUAAGAGAGCUGUGCAGAAAUCCCUUGAGAGUGAAAAUGGCCACCUGGACUUGUUUGUCCGCUUCCUUCAUGGCCUCUCUCUGGAGUCCAACCAGAGACUCUUAGGAGGUCUGCUGGGUCAGACAGACAACAGUCCAGAAAUCCUCCAGAGAGCCAUCAACAACCUGAAGGAGAUGAACAGUGAUGAGAUCUCUCCUGACAGAAGCAUCAACAUCUUCCACUGUCUGAUGGAGAUGAAGGACCACUCGGUCCAUCAGGAGAUCCAAGACUUCCUGGAGUCUGAGAACAGAUCAGGGAAGGAACUCUCUGAGAUCCACUGCUCAGCUCUGGCCUACAUGCUGCAGAUGUCAGAGGAGGUUCUGGAUGAGUUAGACCUGCAGAAGUACAAAGCGUCAGACCAGGGACGACUGAGACUGGUUCCAGCUGUGAGGAACUGCAGAAAGGCUCGACUUCCUAACUCGGGACUCUCAGAGGUUCACUGUGGAGUCGUGGCCUCAGCUCUGAAGUCCAACCCCUCCCAUCUGAGAGAGCUGGACCUGAGUCACAACAAGCUUCAGGAUUCAGGAGUGAAGCAUCUGUCUGCUGGACUGCAGAGUCCACAAUGUAGACUGGAGACUUUAAGGUUGAGGGACUGCAGUUUGUCUGGGACUAGCUGUGCUUCUCUGGCCUCAGCUCUGCAGUCCAACCCCUCCCACCUGAGACUGCUGAACCUGAGUCACAACGAGCUGCAGGACUCAGACGUGAAACAGCUGUGUGGUUUUUUGGAGAGUCCAGACUGUAGACUGGAGACUCUGAGAUUGAGGCGCUGCAGUUUGUCAGAGGCCAGCUGUGCUUCUCUGGCCUCAGCUCUGAAGUCCAACCCCAUCCAUCUGAGAGAGCUGGACCUGAGAAAUAACCAGCUGCAGGAUUCAGGAGUAAAGCUUCUGUGUGGUUUUCUGGAGAGUCCAGACUGUAGACUGGAGACUCUGAGAUUAUAUGACUGCAGUUUGUCAGAGACCAGCUGUGCAUCUCUGGUCUCAGCUCUGAAGUCCAAACCCUCCCAUCUGAGACUUCUGGAGCUGAGUAACAACAAGCUGCAGGAUUCAGACGUGAAGCAGCUGUGUGAUUUUCUGGAGAGUUCACACUGUGGACUGGAGACUCUCAGAUUGUGGGACUGCAGUUUGUCAGAGACCAGCUGUGCUUCUCUGGUCUCAGCUCUGAAAUCCAACCCCUCCCAUCUGAUGGAGCUGGACCUGAGUUACAACGAGCUGCAGGACUCAGGUUUAAUUCUGCUGUGUGGAUUUCUGGAGGAUCCACACUGUAGAUUGAAGACUUUGAGAUUGAGUGUCUGCAGGUUGUCAGAGACCAGCUGUGGUUCUCUGGCCUCAGCUCUGAAGUCCAACCCCUCCCAUCUGAGGGAGCUGCAGCUGAGUAAAAACAAGCUGCAGGACUCAGGAGUGGAGCAGCUGUGUGGUUUUCUGGAGAGUCCAGACUGUAGACUGGAGACUCUGAGAUUGAUUGGCUGCAGUUUAACGGAGACCAGCUGUGCUGCUCUGGCCUCAGCGCUGAAGUCCAACCCCUCCCACCUGAGAGAGCUGGACCUGAGUGAAAACAGCCUAAAGGAUUCAGACGGGAAGCUGCUGUGUGAUCUGAAGGAGAGUCCAGACUGUAGACUGGAGACUGUGAGGUGGGAGUGAUUGCUGUCGGAGGGAGGGAUCAGAAAGUCCAGAGUCUACAGAAGGAAGAGGGGAGUGUUUUUAAUGUCACUGCCAACGUAAAGAUCAGUCUUCCAUGUGUCCAAGGCCGUUGAGCCAAUCAACGCUGAAUCAUGAAUUUGGCCUUAGUGACACGUUGACAUGUUUCUAACCGUUAGUUGUUGACUGUGGCUCAGUGGUAGAGCGGUUUCCUGCCAAUCGGAAGGGUGGGGGUUCAAUCCCUGGCCCUGCAGUCCCAUGUCAAAGUGUCCUUGGGCAAGACACUGAA